GCGGGCGGCUAUAUAUCGCGUGUUCGAUAGCUUCUGUAGCCCAUCUUUAUCCCCCAACGCCCGCUCGAACUUGAGUCGAUACGAUGGCCCUCCAGCCUUCCCUUCGCCCGCUUAUCAUCGCCGGCCAGGCGACUGCACCGCACACGAUUGACCUAUUCUUGGACUUUGUCUGCCCUUUUUGCGCGAAGACAGCCGUCACAAUUGACAAUGUUAUCAUCCCUCUUCUCAGCUCGGGCGGGAAGUAUGAGGGCAAAGUGAAGGCCAUCUUCCGUCCCCAUCCCCAGCCGUGGCAUGCCAGUUCGACACUCACCCACGAGGCUGCUCUGGCGGUCCUUAAGGCGUAUCCGGACAAGUUCUGGAAGUUCUCUUCGGCGCUUUUCGCGCACCAGACGGAGUACUUUGACGUACCUACGUCCACCCAGACGCCCGUUCAGACCCGCGAGAAGCUCGCCAACUUGGCCGGCGAAGUAAUUGGUGGUGAGGGCGUGGCCGACAAGAUCAAGGAUCUGCUCGCGCACAAGACAUCUGGAAAUGGUGGCAAUGCUGUGACGGACGAUUUGCGCUACAGCGUCAAGUACGCCCGCCAGAACAGCAUCCAUUUCUCGCCGACUGUUCUGUGGGACGGCGUCAUCGAGGGCUCCAUCUCUAGCAGCUGGGGCGAGAAAGAAUGGACCGAGUUUUUGGAGAAGAAGGUGAGCGUCUGAAUAGAUGCUUCCCUUGUCGUAUAUCAGAUGUAGAAGGAGUGAAUGUAUAGUAGUCAUCGAACGUUGUAUCCUAUCAGACGCACACGGUACCGCA